AUGGACGCCUUGGAAUUGCAAGCAGCCCUGGUCAAGCUGGACCCGGCCACCACGGUCACGCCGAUCGGCACCAACGUGAAGAUGCUGCCGCCGCCUCAUCAUCGUAUCGCGUUCACCGUCAACCUGGACGAGAACGACCUGACGUUGGAGAACGCCGCGCAGAACGACGAGAGAGAGAAGACGAGCAACGCCGCUUCUAGGAAGCUGCACAACAACUGCCCGGCCCAGGUGACCGUCUCGAAUCAGCCGAACAACCGGCAGAUAGAGGUGUCGAAGUGCGAGAUGGCGGAGGUCAGGUGACGCCAGCCUUGCUACGACCUGAUCUUUUAUCACACUUACCCGCCGCACAGGGGCAGCAAGCAUCAUGCUAAGCAUCACGCUAAGGAGAAGAGACAUCAUCAUCAUCAUACAAUGCAUCAUCAGCAUCAUAGAUCUCAUGUGGUGAGUCAGUGCGUUCCUAUUCGUGCGUGAUCGUUCGUUGUUUUUUACUACACACACACAUACACACACACGUAGGAGAGGUAUUAGUGUGCUACUUUUCCUUCUCCUUCUUGGAAACUAUCGAUGUGUUUGCGUAGUUGUUCUUUGAUUGAAUAGUGUCUUUCUCUCUUUUGUAGGUGACUCUGUAGUAGUUUUUUUUUUUUAUUGGAAAUAGUUCUCUUUCUUUCUUUUUUGUCUUUUCGUUCGUCAAUAGCGCUUUCGUUUAGUUGGAAGAACUUUCUCUUUUUCACUGUGUGAUAUCGUUCUCUCUUCGUUUUAUUGAAAACUUGCUUCCUUUCUAGCGGAAGUUCUUCCUUUUUUUUUUUUUUUUUUUUUUUUUUAAAUAAUGUCCACAAUAGCGACAAUAUGAAUUCCCUCUUCUGCGUUAUGUUUUUUUUUUUUUAAUUUUCUUUUUCCAAAAACUGUCUGCGCAAGUUUGCAAAAUGAUCGACGAACGAUUUCACUGCAAAUUGAAAUCAUUUCUCGAUUGGUCGUCCAAACACGUCAUCGUUACACCAUAGUGCAAUUACUGUGUGUUAUGACUCGUGUAUUUAUGUCUGUGUAGAACGAUUAUGUGUUACUAGGGCAUGCAUGAUUGUUCAUCGUAUAGCGAAGUCAUGCGAUUAAGCGUUCAGCUGCUCUUACUUUGCGAAACCGUUAUUAUAGCGAAAGCCGAACAUUUUAGUCGCUAUUAUAACAUGUUGAUCGUUGAAUGAUUCCCCGUUGAACUACAUUGUCGUGCUUCUUACUUUUUUUUCAUACGUUUCAUACGUUUCAUACGUUUUUCAUACUUUUUUCUACAUUUAUUUCACUCGCAAUCAGACGAAGAACGCUUGAACCUUCGAGCGUUUAAUUGGGAUUAGAGUAUCGUACAAAUAAUCUUACAAUUGAUAAUAAAAUAAUUUACUUAUUAUGUAUAUGUAUUAUUAUUAUGAUAACGUAUAAUAUAUGUUACAACACAUUACAGUAUGUUUGA